AUGCAUAGUUGUAAUAAUAUUAUAACAAUUGUACUAUUUUCAUUGGUAUCAUUACUUUUAUAUCAUCAUCAUGGUGUAUUGGUCAAUGCGAUUCCUUGCACUCACCCGGUCUAUUGUACUGGUCAAUUAUUAGAGACUGUUCAAUUGGCACAGGUGUUUAACGACUCCAAGACAUUUGUAGAUAUGCCACUUCGACAAUCACCAGAGUUGGUCUUGUCGAGUUUCCAACAACUCUUGGCCAACACGUCCAAUGAGGGUGGACCCAACAAACAACAGCUGACUGACUUUAUCAACACGUAUUUCUACCCAGCGGGGUAUGAAGUACAGGCUGCCACGCCGGUCGAUUGGAUUCCACACCCACGCUUUUUGUCGCAUAUCAAGGACCCACAACUCAAGAUGUUUGGCGAGGCCGUCCACAAGAUGUGGAACGAUCUCUACCGUGUCUUUAAUCACACUGGUUUGUGUCAAGACUGUUACACAUCGGUUCAAGUCGAGAACCCAUUCAUUAUUGCUGGUUCGAGAUUCAGAGAGUUUUACUAUUGGGAUUCAUAUUGGAUGGUCAUCGGACUACUCGUAUCAGAGAUGACUGCCACCGUACGUGGUAUGAUUGCCAACGAUCUUGCACUCAUCCAACUCUAUGGAUUCGUUCCCAACGGUGGCCGUAUCUAUUAUAGUGAUCGUUCACAACCACCCCUUCUCACGCAAAUGGUCGAGCGUUAUUUCGAUGCUACCAACGAUGUAUCCAUCUUGGAACAAGGUCUCCCCACACUCGACGCCGAAUACCAAUUUUGGAUGACUCAACGAUCAGUCAAUGUCAAGGGAUUCAAACUCAACCUAUACAAUGCAACCACCCCUUCACCACGUCCCGAAUCAUUCUAUGAGGAUUAUACUAUGGCUCAAUCACUUCCAGUUGGUGCAGACCAAACCUUUUUCUAUUCAUCGAUUGCAAGUGCCGCCGAAUCUGGUAUGGAUUUCUCUACGAGAUGGAUGAAACCUGGUUCGAUGGACUUGGAAACCAUUGAAACCAUUGAAAUUGUACCAGUAGAUCUCAACUCUAUAUUAUAUCGCAACGAGCUUACACUUGCCCGUUUUCAUCUUGCUCUUGGCAAUUCACCUAUGCACGCAUAUUACAAAAAUCAAGCUUCACAAAGAGCCAAGGCUAUCAACAGUGUCUUUUGGGAUCCAGUCAAUCUUCAAUGGUUUGAUUAUCAUCUAGACACUAACCAACUUCAAACCGAGUACUAUAUCACCAAUUUCCAUCCACUUUGGGCCAAAGUAUAUCAAGAAGACCCUAUCACAUUCAAUUCUACAGUACUAUCGAAUAUACUAAACAAGGCAAGACCCAUUUUCAUGAAUUUUGUUGGUGGCGUACCAACAUCAUUGAUCAACUCUGGUCAACAAUGGGACUUCCCCAAUGCAUGGGCACCUUUGGAGUAUUUCCUCGUCGAAGGUCUACUAGCUACAGAAUUGGUAGAUGGUAAAAUGAUGGCAUUUGAUAUGGUUGAAAGAUGGAUCACUACAAACUAUUGUGGAUGGCAAGAGACUUUACAAUCAAAUGGCGGUGUAUUAUUUGAAAAAUAUAAUGUUACCGAUAUUGGUCUACCAGGUGGAGGUGGCGAAUACGCAGUUCAAACUGGUUUUGGUUGGUCUAAUGGUUUUGCUCUCAAUUUACUAUCAAAAUAUGGAAAUACUAUUACAUUACGUAGUUGUUAA